CUGGGAUGGUAUUCGGCAACCAUUUGAUAGCGACACGAUGGAACUGUUGUCGGCGGAACUGUCUGCGGAAACCCUCGCUGCCCUGCAAGCGCAUCUGGCCACCGCCAAGUUGAACGAAGACAGCGAAGUGUCGGAAGACUUUCGCUUGUCCCAAUUCUGGUACGACACGCGUACGGGCGACGCGUUGGCGCUGGAAGCUCUGGAAAAGAGCAAUGGAGGCCCCAUUGCGUUUGUGAGCACUCCCGCAGCGUUCAAGGCCCUCAAGGCCAUGCAUCCCGAGCGCAGCGACGUGUACUUGUUUGAAUACGAUCCCCGAUUCGAAGAAAAGUACCCGUCCGAGUUUGUGUUUUACGACUACAACACGCCGUUGGCCAUCAAUUCCAAGUUUGAGCAUUUCUUUGACUACGUGCUGGUGGACCCACCUUAUUUGAACACAAACUGCAUGUCAAAAUUCGCCCAAACCAUGCGCUUUUUGUCCAAGCAUGUGACCACGCAAGGCCAAAUUCAAACGCCCAAUGCGUUUAUUACAGCGCAAAUGCUACGAAAAGACAUUUUCCACGACUUGGGGUUCACUCCGUGUGGUUUUGUGCCCACGUUUGACUCCAAGUUGUCGAACCGAUUCCUCACGUACACCAACUACACGUCGACGCGCUUUGGACCUUGCGAAGAAGACUUUAGCGACAGCGACGAUUAAGCCGGACGAACAAAUAUAUGAACCGAGUCCUAAUUAAUAGUAAUACCCGACUUGUUCCUCGUUGAUG